AUCCAAACGAACAUAUAAAUCAGCUAUAAGACAUAUCUAAGUGUCUUGAACUUGUCUCAGACAAAAAGAAACAGAAGUCUAUAACUAGAUAAUCUAAGGAAAAAACAUAUCCACCACAAUGUCUGCCCUCAAAGCCGGAGAUGACUUCCCCGAAGGCGUCACCUUCACCUACGUUCCUUACAACCCCGACCAAGGCGCCGUAACAGCGUGCGGUCUGCCCGUCAAGUACGAUGCCAGCAAGGAAUUCAAAGAGAAGAAAGUAGUCCUAGUCUCCGUGCCCGGUGCCUUCACGCCGACGUGCCAAAACACGCACAUCCAGGGCUACAUCGAGAAGCUACCUCAGCUAAAGGCCGCGGGCGUCGACCAAGUCAUCGUCAUCUCCUUCAACGACGCCUGGGUGCAAGCCGCCUGGGCCAAAGCCAACGGGAUCAAAGAUGAGAUCAUCUUCGCAUCCGACGACGGCGCCCCCUUCAGCAGCAGCAUCGGCUGGACCCUAGGAGCCCGCACCGCGCGCUACGCCAUCGUCAUCGACCACGGCAAGGUCGUCUACGCCGAGAAGGAGCCCGCCAAGGACGUCAGCGUCUCCGGCGUCGACGCCGUCCUAGCCAAGUUGUAAACACUUGUUUGAUCAGAAAAACAACAGUCACCCUUACUUCCCCAUCUAUCUACACAUCACACAUCACAUAUAGAAAGCUAGGAGAGGGGAAAAGAAGGGAAAGGAUGGAAAGGGAAGGGAAACAGUCAAUUCAGCACAGCGCCAGCAAAUGUAGAGUGAGAACAGCGCGUUGUGGAAACCGGGGAAAAGGGAAGAAGGUGGAUUUACCUACUCCUUUUCCCCCGAAAUUCAGAGAAACAGGCUUAACCUAGCUACUCCGGAACGAGCUCCCCUCAGCUACGAGCAUUCAUAGCACCGGAGUUUUUGAAGAAAGCUGGUAGACUACUCAAUAGACUCAACUUACCUAGCACACAUACCUACUCUGUAGCACGGCGUGGCAUGCAUG